GGGUCGUGUCCUCGAUAAUGUUUGCUUUCGGGAUACACAAACACACCCCAUAUAAUUUGUUUGGGUAGUGGCAACGAUCCCGGCACUGGGCGACAGAUAUCUCAGAAUCACCGGCGUUUUACACAGGCUUUCAUGACUUCGGUACUGGAGUUGACUGAAUGAGAUUGGGGAAGAAAGGAUGGCGCUGUUACAUCUAAAAGUGCGAUAGUUUGGGGGACACUGUGGUGAAAGAACUACAUGUACACAGGAGGUGCUUGUGGUUUGUAAUCCCUCCCCGGCCCCGCCCACCCCGAAACAAAAUAAGCUCCUCUCCGACAACAGUUCAGCCUCGGAGUGUCCCGAAAGACAGCAAAUCACUGAUACACCUGAAUGACUUCAAGGCUUUGGAUCGCGCGGGCCUCGUUCUCGGUAAACUUCACGAUGAAGAUGGCAUAUUUUAGUGUGAUGGCGCUUGUCUUGGUGUUGGGAUUUCCUGCUGGUGCCAAACACACAUCGGACUCCUCAUCGAGGUCAAAGGUCUUGUUGCUGCUUCUCGAUGGCAUGCGUUCUGACCUAUACGGCGAGCCACUUCCGGGACUUAAAUCCAUGGAAAUGAACGGCGUCAGGGCUGAGUGGCUUACACCCGCCUACAUCACACUGUCUAUGCCUUGCAUGUACACCAUAGUCACAGGGCUGUACCCGGAGAGCCACGGGAUCACCUUCAACAAAUACUAUAACCUCUCGACUGGAUACAAGGCAAAGACAUUCUACGAGACCCUCAACAUCACCGACUGGUUCAAUUCCCCGGGAGUAGAACCCAUAUGGGUGACGGCGAUCAAGCACGGCCUCAAGGCCGGCACUGUCCAGUACCCUGGAGGGAACGUGGCCAUCCAGGGCAUCCGGCCCACCAAGAACUCCCCCGGUGUGCCUUGGCAGCAGCUCGGUCAGUAUCCGCUCAAGGGGCUGAUAGACAUCGGUUUGGAUUGGUUGAAGAAUGACGACAUGGACUUAGUGCUCGUGUACUCGGGCCAACCAGACAGUGCUUUACACGGCGAGGGCAUCGGCAGCGCGACUGCCACGGCCAAGAUGCACGAAGUUGACAAAGACGUGAAGUAUCUCUUUGAGAAGAGCCGAGAGAUGGGAUUGGAGGACACGCUUGACGUCAUAGUGACGAGUGACCAUGGACACGUAAACAUCGACCCUAGGCGCUAUGUUGAGCUGUAUGAUUACAUCAACGCUAGCGACAUUCAAAUGGGACUUCUCGACUACGGGAACACGUUCCAGAUUGAGCCAGUUGAAGGGAAGCUCGAUACACUUUACAAUGCCUUGGUGAACGCCCAUCCGCAGCUGAAUGUCUAUAAGAAAUUGGAUUUCCCCACUCGUUUCCACUACGCCAGUAGCGACAGGAUUAUGAAACUCCUGGGCCACGUGGACUCCAAUUGGUAUCUAUUUUCAAGGAAAACGGAAAGCAGCUUCUUCUUGGCAGCUGACCACGGCUAUGACAACCAAAAUCCUGAAAUGAGAUCUAUUUUCUACGCCCAGGGGCCUAGCUUCAAGAAGGGGUUCAGAAGUGAGCACUUUGAAUCGGUCAAUAUCUACCCGAUGAUCUGCGACCUUCUCGGUUUGGAGCCGGCACCUAACAAUGGUUCCCGUGAGAACUACAAGGAUCUCUUUGACGACGGCUCCGGCAGCGCCUCUACUUUCCGUUCAUUGGGUGUCGCCAUGUUGACAUCAGUUUUCACCUCAUUUGUACUUGAGAAGGUUUUCCUGAUGCUGGUCGACGCUCUCAGGUGGGAUCGUCUCGGAUAUGAGUUUCCGUCUUUGGAUGCCAUGGAGGAGAAUGGAGUACGGGCCGAGUGGACAGAUCCUGUCUUCAUCACGCAGUCUUCACCAAGCAUGAUGUCCAUCGCCACAGGUCUGUACGUGGAGAGUCACGGCGUAGUCCACAACCAAGCUUUCGAUCCAGAGACCGGGGAAAUCUCACCGAAUUACCUGGCGGGACUGAACAGUACCUGGUGGUUUAACGGCGGAGGCCAGCCGAUUUGGCUGACAGCCAUGGACCAGGGGCUCAAGGCGGGCACCUUCAUGUACCCUGGCGGUCAGGUACCCAUCAACGGCAGGCAGCCCACCCGUUGGCAGGUAUCGUCCAACCCGGAGAUGAAACGAUUCGCCAACUUGACCGACCGCGCGGACGUCAUCUUCGACUGGCUGUACGGCAAGGAUGACUUGGACCUCGUUCUGAUCCACGUGGAAGUCAUCGAUAACGCGCUUCACGCGUUUGGAUUCACUGCCCUUGACAUUGCCAAGAAAGAGGCAGAAAAGGUCAACGAGUUGAUUGAUUACAUCCUGACGAGAAUGAAAGAUGAGAGGGUGAAAGAUACCUUGAACUUUCUAAUAACGGCUGACCAUGGUAUGACGAUAAAUUCAGCAAAGAAAAGAAUUUACAUCUACGAUUACAUCAAUGAAACCGAUAUUGAUUUCAUCUUCGCAGACGUUGGACCGGUGUUUCAAAUUAAACCGAAAGAUGGGGCACUGCAGAAGGUGUACAGUAUUCUUAAGGACGCACAUCCUGCAAUGUAUGUGUACAUGAAAGAAGACUUCCCGGAGAGGUUCCACUUUGCAAACAACCCUCGAAAUCUGCCUAUCAUUGGCUACGUGGAUCCUACCUGGGCAGUGAUGAAGAAAAGAAGGUUUAUUGAGAUUGGGAAGGCCGCCGAUCACGGUUAUGACAACGAAGACAUGACGAUGAAAUCUUCCUUCUACGCUCAGGGACCCAGCUUCAAGAAGGGCUAUCUAGCAAAGCACUUCGAAUCGGUGAAUAUAUACCCUUUGAUGUGUGAACUCCUUGGCAUUGUGCCAGCUCCAAACAACGGAUCACGAGACAACUACAAGGACAUGUUGGGAAGUAAGGAGACUAUUUGUGACUGCUGUCCCAAUGGACAAGAAAAGGUUUUCCUGAUGCUAGUCGACGCUCUCCGGUGGGAUCGUCUUGGAUACGAGUUUCCGUCUUUGGAUGCCAUGGAGGAGAAUGGAGUACGGGCAGAGUGGACAGAUCCUGUCUUCAUCACGCUGUCUUCACCAAGCAUGAUGUCCAUCGCCACAGGUCUGUACGUGGAGAGUCACGGCGUAGUCCACAACCAACCCUUCGAUCCAGAGACCGGGGAAAUCUCACCGGGUUACCUGGAGGGACUGAACAGCUCCUGGUGGUUUAACGGCGGAGGCCAGCCGAUCUGGCUGACAGCCAUGGACCAGGGGCUCAAGGCGGGCACCUUCAUGUACCCUGGCGGUCAGGUACCUAUCAACGGUCGGCAGCCCACCCGCUGGCAGGUGUCGUCCACCCCGGAGAGGAAACGAUUCGCCAACUUGACCGACCGCGCGGACGUCAUCUUCGACUGGCUGUACGGCAAGGAUGACUUGGACCUCGUUUUGUUCCACGUGGAAGUCAUCGAUAACGCGCUUCACGCGUUUGGAUUCACUGCCCUUGACAUUGCCAAGAAAGAGGCAGAAAAGGUCAACGAGUUGAUUGAUUACAUCCUGACGAGAAUGAAAGAUGAGAGGGUGAAAGUCACCUUGAACUUUCUAAUAACGGGUGACCAUGGUAUGACGAUAAAUUCAGCUAAGAAAAGAAUUUACAUCUACGAUUACAUCAAUGAAACCGAUGUUGAUUUCAUCUUCACAGACGUUGGACCAUUGUUUCAAAUUAAACCGAUAGAUGGUGCACUGCAGAAGGUGUACAGUAUUCUUAAGGACGCUCAUCCUGCGAUGUAUGUGUAUAUGAAAGAAGACUUCCCGGAGAGGUUCCACUUUGCAAACAACCCUCGAAAUCUGCCUAUCAUUGGCUACGUGGAUCCUACCUGGGCAGUGAUGAAGAAAAGAAGGUUUAUUGAGAUUGGGAAGGCCGCCGAUCACGGUUAUGACAACGAAGACAUGACGAUGAAAUCUUCCUUCUACGCUCAG